AUGUCGAGCGCGGGCGCGCGAUUGAACGUGACGCCGACGGUGACGACGCUCGCGGUGAUCAAAUCUCGGCUCGCGGGCGCGCAGCGCGGGCAUCGAUUGCUGAAGAAGAAGGCGGACGCGCUGACGCUGCGGUAUCGCGGCAUCCUGCGCGACAUCGUCGAGGCGAAGCGUAAGCUGGCGACGUCGAUGCGGGACGCGCACUUCGCGUGGACGCGGGCGAAGUACGCGGGGGGGGACGCGGUGAAGCACGCGGUGCUGGACGGCGUGGACCGGGCGAACGUGCGAGUGAUGGCGCACGAGGAUAACGUGGCGGGAGUGAAGAUACCGAAGUUUACGUGCAGGAAGUGCGGGGCGGACGAACGGAGGAUGGAGCUGACGGGAUUGGCGCGGGGGGGGGCGCGCGUGCGAGAGGCGAAGGCGUCGUACGGCGAGGCGAUUGGAUUGUUGAGCGAAUUAGCGAGCUUGCAGACGGCGUUCGUGACGCUGGACGAGGCGAUAAAGACGACGAAUCGACGGGUGAACGCGUUGGAGAAUUACGUGACGCCGAGAUUGCAGAACACGGUGAAGUACAUCUUGAGCGAGUUGGACGAACUCGAGCGGGAGGAGUUCUUUAGGUUGAAAAAGGUGCAGGCGAAGAAGAAGAAAGACAUCGAGGAGACGGAGAUGAUGGAGGCGGAGGAAGAGAAACGGAUCACGCAAGCCGUGGAUGCGGAGUUGCGGGCGUUCGGGGACGUCAUCGGAGGUGAGGGCGGACGCGGGGCGGGAGGGAAUUUGAUCGAAAGCGAGCACGACGAAGAUUUGUUGUUUUAG